UUUCUUUUUUUUCUUUCUUCUUUAUAUAUAUUCUCUUUAUAUAUCACAAUAUGUUUUGCAUUGAAUCUAGUGGUGGUAGUAUCUCCAAUCCCAUUAGACGUAAACUGGUCAUUGUUGGCGAUGGUGGUGUUGGAAAAACAUGUCUAUUAUGUUGUUAUGCCAAUGACGACUUUGCAGGUCAUAGUGAACACAUUCCAACUAUUUUUGAUUCAUAUGUUAAGGAUAUCAAAUGUCAAAACAAGUAUGUGGAACUCACACUUUGGGAUACAGCUGGACAAGAAGAAUUCAAUCGAUUACGGACUCUAUCUUACCCUGAUGCCGAUGUCAUAUUGAUUGCUUUUUCUGUAGAUUCUCCUGAAUCUUUAGAAAAUGUUACCGAACUGUGGAUACCUGAAGUCAAUAAAUAUUGUCGUGGAUUACCUUUUUUAUUGGUUGGUUGCAAAUCUGAUUUACGCACGGACGAAAAAAUCUUGAAUUCUCUGGCAAAAGAAAAUCAAAAACCAGUAACUUAUAAACAGGGAUUUGAACUGGCAACAAGAUUAGGGACUACCUAUUUGGAGACAAGUGCCAAAACAGGUACAGGCAUUGAAGCUGUGUUUUUGUCUGCGGUACAGGCUACUUUGAACAAGAAAUCAUCAUGUGUCAUUCUUUGAUUAUCUAUACUUUUAUCUCCAUAUUUAUUGUCUUCAGUCAUAGCUAUAUGUCUUC